AUGAAACAGCUUACUGCGAAAGAAGUGCGAUCGACAUUCAUCGAUUUUUUUAAACAAAAGUCGCAUUCCUAUGUGCACUCCUCGUCUGUGAUUCCACACGAUGAUCCAACACUGCUGUUUGCCAACGCUGGAAUGAAUCAGUUCAAACCACUGUUUUUGGGCAUUGCUGACCCAAAUAGUGACUUGGCCAAGCUUAAACGUGCGGUUAAUACACAAAAGUGUAUUCGUGCCGGUGGAAAACACAAUGAUCUGGACGACGUUGGGAAGGACAUUUAUCACCACACAUUCUUUGAAAUGCUUGGAAACUGGUCUUUUGGUGAUUACUUCAAGAAAGAAGUUAUUACCUGGGCGUGGGAACUAUUGACUAAAGUCUAUGGAAUACCAGAGCAUCGUCUUUACGUAUCUUACUUCGGUGGAGAUGAAAAAGCUGGUGUUUCAGCUGAUAAUGAAGCAAGAAACAUAUGGCUUAGUCUUGGCUUGCCCGAAUACCGCAUUCUACCCUUUGGAAUGAAAGACAACUUUUGGGAAAUGGGUGAUGUCGGUCCUUGCGGUCCAUGCUCAGAAAUUCAUUACGAUCGGAUAGGUAAUCGUAACGCAGCUCAUCUGGUCAACGCUGACGACCCUAUGGUAGUCGAAAUCUGGAACCUCGUAUUUAUCCAGUUUAACAGAGAAGAAGGUGGUAUUCUCCGUCCUCUUCCAGCAAAACAUAUUGAUUGUGGCCUCGGAUUAGAACGCUUAAUUGCUGUCAUCCAAGGGAAGACGUCAAAUUACGACACCGAUAUUUUCCAGCCGAUUUUUAAAGCAAUCGAAAAGGGAACUGGGAUCCGAGAAUACACAGGUAAAGUUGGAGCAGAUGAUGUUGAUGGGGUCGAUAUGGCCUAUCGAGUUGUGUCUGACCAUAUUCGAACUCUCACUAUUGCACUUUCGGAUGGAGGCCGACCUGAUAAUACGGGACGAGGAUAUGUCUUGCGACGUAUUCUUCGAAGAGGUGUUCGCUAUGCUACUGAAAAGCUUAACGCUCAGCCUGGGUUUUUCUCUUCCCUGGUUCCUGUCGUAAUUGACAUUUUGGGAGAUACCUUCCCGGAACUGCAUAAUGAUCCAGAGACGGUUCAAGACAUCAUCAAUGAUGAAGAGAAGCAGUUUUUGAAAACGCUUAGUCGUGGUCGCGUACUGUUCCAACGCGCUGUAUCGCAAUUGGGAGCCAAUAUAAAGACUUUUCCCGGUGACGUUGCCUGGCGAUUAUAUGAUACGUAUGGAUUUCCUGCUGAUUUAACACAACUAAUGGCUGAGGAAAGUGGUCUCUCCGUAGAUCAGAUCGCUUUUGAGGAAUGCAGAAAGAAGGCGGUGGAAAUGUCAUCUGCUGGUAUUGGUAAAUUUCGCGACACUGUGGACCUGGAUGUUCAUGCUCUCGCAGAACUUCAACGGAGAGGCGUGCCUAUGACGGACGAUUCAUUUAAAUACAAAUACAGCUUUGACGGCUCAUUUUCGUCAUGCACUGGUAAGAUAUUGGCGAUUCGUAGUGAUGGGAACUUCGUCAACUCAAUAGAAUCUGGAGUCGAAGGAGCUGUACUCCUUGAUAAAACGAAUUUCUAUGCCGAGCAAGGAGGUCAAAUUUAUGACACUGGUGUGCUUUCGAACUGUUUUACGGCAGUGAUAUUUUUGUUUGAUCUUAAAGACUUUGUGGUUUCUAAUUGUCAAGUUCGUGGAGGGUACGUCGUUCUCGUUGGUUCAACAAAUGGAAAACUUUCUGUUGGAGAUACGGUCAUACAGAGUUUUGACGAAGAUCGAAGAUCAUUGAUUAUGAAGAAUCACACCGGCACUCACGUGUUAAAUCAUGCUCUUCGAUGCGUUUUGAUCAAUUCUGAUCAAAAAGGAUCUCUUGUCGCUCCAGAUCGCCUUAGGUUUGACUUCACCAGCAAGCAGGCCAUGACGAUACAGCAGGUGCGCGAAACUGAAGAAAUUGUGCAGUCCAUCAUAAAUACUCGUCAAACUGUGUUCGCUGAAGAGGUUCCACUGGCCCAGGCUCGUGAAAUCAAUGGCCUGAGAGCAAUGUUUGACGAGAACUAUCCUGAUCCUGUACGAGUUGUCUGUGUUGGCGUUCCAGUUCAACAACUUCUCGAAAAUCCCAAGAGUGAUGCUGGUUUGAAAACGAGUGUGGAGUUUUGUGGUGGGACGCAUCUCCAUAAUGUUGGUCACAUUGGUAAUUUCGUAAUCUCAUCCGAAGAAGCGAUUGCAAAAGGAAUUCGACGGAUUGUUGCGUUAACUGGACCGGAAGCUGAAAGAGCAAUUCAUCGAGCGGAGAGGAUGGCUGCUAGAAUGGAUUCAGAGAAGUUCAAAGCAAUGUCGAGGCGUAUCCAAGAGCUAAUUGACGAAGUUAAUGGAGCACAGUUACCGUACUGGCGAAAAGAUGCUAUCCGUGAGCAAGGAAAAGCAGCUCAAAGAACACUGGACGGUUACAAGAAAUUGGCAGAUGCUGCUAUCGCAGAGAAGGUUGUCUCUGAAGCGAAAGAACUAGCUCAAAGAGAACAGCAAGAUGUGGUCGUGCACGUAUUUUCUGCAGGGGCCAGCAGUAAGGCUCUUGAUAACGCCUUGAAACAAUUGAAGAGUUCAAAAGCAGUGAUGGGGUUCUCCGUGAACGAAGAAAAUGGGAAAGUGCUUGUACUAGCGAGAGUUGACAAGUCAUUGGUUGAUGAGGGAUUAAAAGCAAAUCUUUGGGUUAACGAAGUAUGUGCGGUCCUUGGUGGACGCGGUGGAGGAAAGGAUGCAAAUGCACAGGCGACCGGUGAGAAUGUUGACCGAUUAGAAGAGGCAGUUCAUUUAGCCCGUAAAUUUGCCCAAACUGUCAUAUCCUGA